AAAUGAGGGGUGGAAUUACGGGAAGCAGCGAAGCCUUUCUUGUAACUGCUCCCCCGCCCCCAGCUGGAUGGAUGAAUGCCACCAGCCCUGCACUAGCGGCAACCAGGGCGUUGAGGACGCCGGCCGUUCUCCCUCCGGGCCUUCAGGGGGUGCUAUAGCGAAGCCCGCUGCUUCCCCCAGCAUCCUUCGCGCAGGAGCUUUAAGCAGCGGAAGAGCUGGUGUGCGCGGUGGGGCAGUGGGCGGAAGCGGGUUGCAGGCUAGGUGCCGCCAUGCCUGGGGACCACCGCCGCAUACGCGGCCCGGAGGAAUCGCAGCCACCCCAGCUCUACGCGGCCGACGAAGAGGAAGCGCCCGCCGCCCGCGACCCGACGCGGCUGCGACCCGUGUACGCUCGCGCGGGGUUGCUGAGCCAAGCCAAGGGCUCGGCCUACCUGGAGGCAGGAGGCACCAAGGUGUUGUGCGCUGUGUCGGGCCCGCGCCAGGCCGAGGGCGGCGGCGGCGGCGGCCCGGCCGGAGCGGGUGGCGAGGCCCCGGCCGCGCUGCGUGGCCGACUGCUUUGUGACUUCCGCCGCGCCCCCUUCGCGGGGCGCCGGCGCCGCGCUCCCCCAGGCGGCGGUGAGGAGCGUGAGCUGGCGCUGGCGCUGCAGGAGGCGCUGGAGCCGGCCGUGCGCCUGGGCCGGUACCCGCGUGCACAGCUCGAGGUGUCCGCGCUGCUGCUGGAGGACGGCGGCUCAGCCCUGGCCGCCGCGCUCACCGCCGCUGCGCUCGCCCUGGCCGACGCGGGCGUGGAGAUGUACGACCUGGUGGUGGGCUGCGGCCUGAGCCUCGCUCCCGGGCCCGCGCCCACCUGGCUACUGGACCCCACGCGGCUCGAAGAGGAGCGCGCCGCCGCCGGUCUCACCGUGGCGCUCAUGCCCGUGCUGAAUCAGGUGGCCGGGCUGCUGGGCAGCGGGGAGGGCGGCCUGACCGAGAGCUGGGCGGAGGCCGUACGCCUUGGCCUCGAGGGCUGCCAGCGCCUCUAUCCCGUGCUGCAGCAGUGCCUGGUGCGGGCCGCCCGUCGCAGGGGCGCCGCCGCCCCGCCCUGAACCGGGAGCCUGAGCAACGACGGACGCCACGCACCUGCAUCGAGAUAAGCAGCCGGAGCCCCGGAGAGCACGUGGAGAGGCCGGAACAGAGCCGAGGCGCCAGACAGCUGUGGUAGUGGAAGGCCUUUUUACAAACCUCAUUAAAGGAACCUUUCUCCUUCAGCCGGCUCAGCUGCGACCCAGUUGAGGAAACCUGUGAGCGCAGCCUGACUUCCAAGUUGGAAACGACUUCAGUAGGACUUACCUGAAAGCUGGUAUCUGGGAGCUGUAGUCAUUUAAGGGAUAGACCCUUUGCACGGCCAGCCAGAGACUCCCUCCGACGUAACUGGGCGACUUUUGAGAGGUUGGACAAGAGGGCUGUGCCUUCUCACUUACCGUGUCUGAGCCAAAAGAAAAACACUUUUAUAUCUGAAAAA